AGUGACGCAGAGCGAACCACCUUUUUGUGUUUGUUUUGCAGAUAGACGCUGGAGGCUUCUUCCACUGGUGCCGUGUAAGCCCUCCACUAUCGCAAUACACCUCGCUCACUCACGCGUCCGAGAGCAGCCCUGGAUACAGAUGGACCAGCAGGCCCAGUCCUAUAUGCUUGCCAGUCUGACACGGCCUCACUCAGAGCAGCUGCUGCAAGGCCUACAGCUGUUACGGCAAGAUCACGAACUGUGUGACAUAGUGCUACGUGUUGGUGAAGCCAAGAUCCACGCGCACAAAGUGGUGCUGGCCAGCAUCAGCCCGUACUUCAAGGCCAUGUUUACAGGCAAUCUUUCUGAGAAGGAGACCUCAGAGGUUGAGUUUCAGUGCAUUGAUGAAGCUGCACUACAGGCCAUCGUGGAAUAUGCAUACACAGGAACAGUUUUCAUCUCACAGGAAACAGUGGAGUCCCUCCUUCCAGCUGCUAAUCUCCUACAGGUGAAACUUGUGCUAAACGAGUGCUGCAGCUUCCUGGAGAGCCAGCUGGAUGCCGCAAAUUGCAUCGGCAUCUCACGCUUUGCAGAGACUUAUGGCUGUCAUGACCUCUGUCUGGCAGCCACCAAGUUUAUCUGUGAGAACUUUGAGGAGGUCUGCCGGACAGAGGAGUUCUUUGAGCUAACCAGGGAGGAGUUGGACGAGAUUGUGUCCAGUGAUUGCCUCAAAGUGCUCACAGAGGAGACAGUCUUUUAUGCGCUUGAGUCUUGGAUCAAGUAUGAUCUGAGUGAGAGGCAACAGUACCUAGCCCAGUUACUGCACAGCGUGCGGCUGCCUUUGCUCAGUGUUAAGUUUCUGACGCGCCUCUAUGAAGCCAAUCACCUCGUCCGGGACGACCACACAUGCAAACAUCUUCUCAACGAGGCGCUUAAGUACCAUUUCAUGCCAGAGCACAGGCUUUCCUACCAGACGGUGCUGUCCACCAGACCACGCUGUGCACCAAAGGUUCUUGUUGCAGUAGGAGGCAAGGCAGGACUUUUUGCCACUUUGGAAAGCAUGGAGAUGUACUUCCCUCAGACAGACUCGUGGAUUGGCCUGGCCCCUUUAAGCAUGCCCCGCUGUGAGUUCGGGGUUGCUGUUCUGGACCAGAAGGUGUAUGUGGUGGGUGGUAUUGCAACACACAUGCGCCAGGGCAUCAGCUACAGGCGGCAUGAGAGCACUGUGGAGAGAUGGGAUCCGGACAGCAACACCUGGUCUUCAGUGGAGCACAUGGCUGAGUGCAGGAGCACGCUAGGGGUUGUGGUGUUAGCAGGGGAGCUUUAUGCACUUGGAGGCUAUGACGGUCAGUACUACCUCCAGUCAGUGGAAAAAUAUGUCCCCAAAGUGAAAGAGUGGCAGCCUGUGGCACCCAUGACCAAAUCACGCAGUUGCUUUGCCACUGCAGUGCUGAAUGGUAUGAUUUAUGCUAUCGGAGGCUACGGACCUGCUCAUAUGAACAGUGUGGAACGUUAUGACCCCAGCAAGGAUUCCUGGGAAAUGGUAGCACCCAUGGCUAACAAGAGAAUAAACUUUGGAGUGGGAGUCAUGCUAGGGUUUAUAUUUGUUGUUGGCGGACAUAAUGGUGUGUCACAUUUGUCCAGUAUUGAAAGAUAUGACCCUCACCAGAACCAGUGGACAGCAUGUCGACCCAUGAAUGAACCCCGCACAGGGGUCGGCUCAGCCAUCGUGGACAACUGCCUCUAUGUGGUGGGGGGUCAUUCAGGGUCAUCUUACCUGAACACAGUGCAGCGCUAUGACCCCAUCUCGGACAGCUGGCUGGACUCCAGCGGUAUGAUGUACUGUCGCUGUAACUUUGGCCUUACUGCUCUUUGACCCCUGGGGUAGUCGUAGGGUACUUUAUUUUUCAAGAAAGACAAAAAAAUGUUGCAUUUCUUUUAUUAACUCCCCAUUCAUCUUUGGAACCACUUUCCUCAGAAGGUCGCUGCAGCUGUGUGGUCCAGGGAAGAAAAGAGAGCACCAUUCUUUGCUAGAUUCCAGUGUUCAAGGAAGUAGAGGCAAUGGAUCCGAAAUACAUGUGAGCAAAAAGACUUCUCCAAAGCUGUAUGGGUUCUGCGAGGGACUAGAAGGUUCUGAACAGCAGGAGACAUCAGUCACUUUGGUGGUUCUUGGAUGGCAUUGUGGCAUUUGUCUGUUUGUAAUGCCAUUUAUUGAGCACUCUUUUUAACUUAGCCACUGGUGCAGCUUAGCACCUUUAAUUUCAGUUUGUCUACAGGUCUGUGCCUGUAGAUGAUGUGUAUGCAUGUCAUGGAAGGAAUUGUGUGUGUGUGUGUGUGUGUGUGUGUGUGUGUGUGUGUGUGUGUGCGCGAGCACGCACGCAGGACAAGCGUUCAGACUCGGGGUUAAAUCACCGGCUGGGCUCAUAGCAUCUGCAUCAAAAGUAGUGCUUCACAAAAAAGUGGAAAAAAACUUUAUUCACACUUAAAAAGGGCUGCCUUUCUUCACCUUGUAUAUAGUUUGACUAAAGAAUAUAUAUUCUAUCCUCCAGUGCAUUGCCUGUAAAUGUUAUCUGCACUGGUGUGUGUGUGUGUGUGUGUGUGUGUGUGUGUGUGUGUGUGUGUGUGUGUGUGUGUGUGUGUGUGUGUGUGUGUGUGUGGACUGAAUAUAUCCAUGUUUCACUGCAGUCUCUUAUGAAUUCUUCCAAGAUCUACACACCUCUUCCUAGGUAGCUGUAGAACAUUUUUGUUGUUGUUUUUUGUGUUGUAAACACAUUCUUUUGCCAGGCCAUGUCUUUUAUUCUUCAUCGUUUCUUUUUCAAGUGUUGAAUGUGAUUUUUUUUUUUUUUUUUUAAACCAUUGCAGAGGUGUGGGAGUUAAAAGAAAAAUUCUUCUGGUGCUACUUAAUAAUUCAGGAUUUAUUUCUUAUUUCUGUCUUUUCACAAAUGCGUAUUUGAUAUUAGUAUUUUUUUUUAUUAUUAUUAUUAUUAUUUGCACGUGUUCUGUUAUUGUUACAUGUACAGAUGCUCCGUCAAGCCCUGUGCAAUAAGAUCACUCUGAUUAAUUAUCCGGCAUUUUUACUCAGCAUCUGGAAUUAUGGCGAAUUGUGGUUAUAAUGACCAACUUCAGUAUCAGUUCUAACAUUUCAUAUCGUGAAAACAAAGAAGUUCAUUUCCGUACUGUAUGUUUAAUUCCGUACAACAAAUCUGACCAAAAAUCAGAUUACAUGUAGUUUACACAUUUACAUAAACGAAAAAUAGUGUACAUUAGAUUCAAGCAAGCUCUAUAAUUAAUCAUCAUACAUUUCAUUCUUUACAUUUCAGAGCCUUCAGCAAAUAAUCUAUUCCACUGUUGACUUUCUAACAUAUCUGUGUCUUUAUGUGAAGUGAUUAAAAGCGUGACCUGACUGAAGCCCAUAUGAUUUUCACACAUGGACUUUGCCAUGGUCAUAAAUAAAUCACUAGGAAAAUCCAUCAAUAAAACAUUUAUUUAAAGGUUUAAAGAUCAAACUUUUUACUAUAGUAGUAGUUUAUAAUAUAGUAUUGUUUCAGAACAAUGUCUAGCUAAAGAAUGCUAGAUAUCUGCUAUCUAAGUUGAGAAGGGUUGUUUAAAGAUUUUGCUUGGCCUCCUGUCAGUCAUUUAAUAGACACAUUUCCCCAACAAUGAUCAACAAUAUAAUCCUCAGAUUGGACAAUAUUAGAACAUAUUUCCCAGAGCGAUCUUUGCACAUGGCUGUGCUUACAAACGGAGGUCUGCAUUGCACUUAUUAAACACUUUAAUACUUUGUGUGAUAUGUAUGUAAAACUUUUUAAGUUGAAGGCAUUUAAAUGAUGCAAUAAGACCAUUUCAUAUAUGUGUGUGUGUGUGUGUGUGUGUGUGUGUGUAUGUGUGUGUGUGUGUGUAUGUUAUAAUUUUUUUUUUUUUUUUGGUGGUGGUGGUGGUGAAAGCAAAAUGCUGUUAGUGUCUUUUUCCUUUUCUUUUUUUAAUUUCUUUUUAUUUUUUCUCCUCCACCACAUUUCCUAUUGAGAAUCAGAUUUUGCCUUUAUUCCUGCUUCUCGGUACUGUCAUAUGGAGCGUUUAAACCUUUUCCCCACUCAAGUAUCCAUUUUUAUUUCUAAACUGUAAUUAUAACCACAACAUUAGGGUUUGGACUACCAAAGCAAAAAGGCAUAAAAUUAAUUUAAAAGUGGUUCGUUUUGUGAAUGGGGGGAAAGGGGGGAAAAAAGAGAAAGGAAUAAAAAGCCUUUAUAAAUUUUUUUUCCUCCUGCAACAGAUGCUGCCUGAAGACAGAAUUAACAUCAACUGCUUCUUAUUUAUGAGGAAGUCAAGAUGAAGGUAAAAAAAAGAAAGUUAAGCAUCAUGAAGAUCGGCACGGUCUUGCAUCAGCAAUAAAUCUAUGGAUCAUUCACGAGUAAUACUGACUUCGGUUCCCUGAACAAAUCCAUCUAACUACCAUUUGAAAGGAAAAAUUCAGGGUGGAUUUUCACGGUUUGCUGAUCGAUAGACAUAAAAGGCAGUUUGAGAGCGUUUAGAGAAACCGGUUGUGUGAAACGAACCACAUACUAUUUGCUAAUAAUAAAUGUACUAUUGAUGUCAUAAUAACGUCAUCUCAUUAUCGUUGUUUGUGCAUUAAAUGAAAGAAAGAAAAGGGAAAAAAAUCACGCUGGCGUGAUCUUGCAUUUGUCAUGUGUUUAUGAAUCGUCUCGUCUUGUUCUUUGCAUGCAGUAAUGACUCUAAACCUUUCUAACGAUGCUUCAUUCUUUACUAUGGUUUGUCCGAUUUAUUGCGGCUUCAGAGCAGGAGCACCGGCGGCCAUAUAUGCAUCUCAUGUAAUCUGAACACGUGAAACUGCAAAAUGAAGGGAUAUUUGUGAUGUUUUGUUGUUAUCGUUCUGAACUCCUGUCUUGUCACCACUCUCACCAAAGUGCUUGUUUUAUGAGGGAGCUGGAUAAAAUCAGAGGAGUGUGUGUGUGUUUGGAUGUGUUUUAGACUUGAUUCCAAUGUCUAAAGAGCAUUGUGUGAAACUGAUGUCAAUGUUAAACACCUGGAUUGUUUUUGUUUUGUUUUUUCCCAUAGGUGUGUGGUUGUUGUCUGAAGUGAUUUGAUUAUCUUGAUUCUUUUUUUUUUAUGUACCUGUGGAUUGUUACUGGAUAGAUAAACCUUAAUCAAUAGAUGCAGUAUUUAUUUUUCAGUUUAGCAAGCAUCGAGAGAGAGCGAGAGAGAGAUGGAGCGCAUUUCUGCCAGUUUCUUUAGCUGUGUGGUGCAGUUGUACCCAGUAAAAUAAUAAAUGCCAGCCUCACAAGGCUA